GCAGAUAAACACCUACUACCUAGGUACCUAGGACUAGGUAAUAUCUUUCCUCCCACAACAUGAAAUAUCAACAUACCCUUACGAAACCAUCUCCAAUUCUGUAUCAUCGGAUCCGAUGCUAGAAAGUAUGAUAGCGAAAGUUGGAUCCUCGGUUUCAUCUGCAUGCACAUCCAUUUGCGUGGCUGCCUGCUUCUGGCCGCUCGUGGGGGCGUAUUACUGUCUCAAGUUCUCAAUUAAAGCAGCCGAAUCGACUAUUGAAGCUGGCUACGACGUUUAUAACCGCCGUCGGAUUAGAACCCGCCGACUUCCCAAGUCAAAGCCAUUAUUAGCUACAGCAUCAUCGUCACCACAGACAGCUACGUAUCCUCCAACUGCGAGAGCCCGGACAUCGUUCCUUCACCUACCGCCCGAGAUUCGCCUCCACAUAUAUCGGCUUGCGCUCGUAGGGCCAGCUAUCGUGCAAGUCCGCACUCAUUCCUCGUUCUGGGGUCCACGGCCCGCCGGCUGGGACUCUGCGCAAGGCAUCCGCGACGAUACCGACGCGCCGAGCAAUGCGCUACGGUGCAUCACCGGACUAGGUGGAUCGGGGCUUCAUCAGCUAGUGUCCCCUCCUAGCCAUGGCUGUGUGCGAUAUCACGCGGUAUCUCGCUUGAUCUGCGGCGAGGGUCACCAUAUGGUACCGGGAUGGGUGCAGCCGGAGAAAGUGGUGUUUCCUACGGAUCUAAUGCGCUCGAGCCGCGUGGUGUACGGCGAGGUCUUGGAUAUGCUGUAUGCCAGCAAUACCAUCUCGCUAUUUGGCGCUGAUAUAGCGCGUUAUUUUUGCCGCAACGCGAGCCCGGAGGGCUUAAGUAGGGUGCGCUUUGUGCACGUGGCGCUUGUCAUGCCGUCGCAUGGUUGGGACUCGUCUUCGCAAAUGAAGAACGUCCGCGGAGCUAUGCGAAUGUUGAAAGAUGCUCUCCCGAGUCUUCAACAACUCGAUGUUGAGGUGGCCUUAACAUAUGGCCAGCCGAAGAAUCCAGAGCGAUUCUGGGAUUGGCUGAGGGAAGAUGUCCUUGGGCAAUUCCGUGGGUUAGAACGGUUUGUGCUGAAGGUAUCUGUGUAUAAGCCUUUGAGACCUAACCGAUCUAGAGGCUUCGAGGGAUCGACACCACAAUAUGAACCUCUGAGCUCGUGGGAUGACGGCGAGUAUCAAGUUCUGAAAGAUGGAGCCUUGUUAUCGACCGAGGCGGCUUCAUUCUAAGUUCCCGUACGUCUAGUCUACGUGAAAUGCGACGGUUAUGUGGCUAUCUUGAAAGAUAGCGAGGUCUCCUGUGUGAUUUAUAGUAAAGAUUUGGUGUCCUAGUGUCGUAAUUGAGGUUUAUGAAACAAGCAGGAAUUCAUUACCUAACAUAUCAUGUAAUUCGUAAAUAUUGCAAAAGGAUUCAACCCAUCUUCUCCACUCGCGAAGAAACCAUAUUCGCCAAAUAUUUUCCAAAGCUUUUCUACCUAGUAGAUAAGACUUCACGUAGUUAACCAUAUUU